AUCUAAACUAAAUUAAAUCUACGCUCCUCAUCUUCGCACACGUCUGACAGAGGCUCGUAUCGCUUGGCUGGUGGGCCAAUUACGCAGCCAUGGAAGGACAUAAGCGAUCCAAGUCGGCCAGUGUUAAAAAGGUCCUUUCAUUAGGAUCUUCCAAGACCGACAACGCUCCGACGGAUCCCAAUGACACUUCUCCGCCGGCGUCAGCUACCUCGGCCACCUCACAGCAGGCCUCACAGCUCAAAGGCUACCCUCCAAGCCACGGGAGGAGUCUCUCCAAGAAGACCAACCCCCAUCUUUCCACGAGCAUGUCCAGUUUGGGUGCGGGGCAAGACGGUCUGACACCGUCGUCAGCCAGCUACCAACAGUCACCUAGCUCACCCACGUCCAAGUCGACUUCGAUCGAACAGUCAGUGAAGCUAUUCAGAGUAUUCGAAUCGUUGCGCAAUGGAGACACGACUGCCAUAUCGAGGGCAAUACGAGAGCAAUCGGGCACAACUGAUGGCGAGAACAACCGGUCGUCACUGCAGCUACCCAGCGCGCGCACCGAAGGAACCUCGAUACUGCAUCUGGCCAUACAAUGUGCUGAGAUGCCAGUCAUCGAAUUCGUUCUCUCCAACGCCACAGCAACGCCAGACUCACCCAUAGACAUCAACGGCCGUGAUCGCGAUGGCAACACGCCCUUGCAUCUCGCAGCCACCCUCGGUCGUGCUCCGGUAGUACGCAUGCUGCUCGAUCAGCCCGGCAUCAACGACUCGGUCACAAACUACAACGGCCAGACACCAUUGGACCUGGCGCGGACACCAGACAUAUUCCAGCAGCUGCAGCUCUCCCGCUCAAUCUUCAUCGACACCAAUGUGAGGAAGAUACAGACCAUGGUCACUUCGGGCGAUAUGGAAGCACUAGAGAAGAUUCUGCAAGAUGCAAGGAUAAAGAGUACUAUUGACGUGAAUGGUGGGGAACUAGCGACUGAUCCAGUCGUCGUUGACGCUGGGGGCACACUUCUCCAUGAGGCAGCAAAGAAGAAGGAUGUAAAGUUGGCACAAUUACUGUUGCUGAACGGAGCCGACCCUUUUCGUCGGGACCGCAAAGGCAAGCUGCCCCAAGACUAUACCAAAGACGACCGUACACGCGCGAUCCUAAAGCGGUCGCCUGCCGCCGCGGCAGCACAGAGGGGCAUCCAGGAAAAGACCAUACUUGCUGGCGCAUUGCAGGGUCCAACUGCCGCCGAGAGUGGCAUGGGCGUAAAGGAGUCUCGCGAGAUGAAGGGAUACCUGAAGAAGUGGACCAAUUACACAACCGGAUACAAGUUGCGGUGGUUUGUACUUGAAGAUGGCGUUCUCAGCUACUACAAGCACCAGGACGAUACGGAGUCUGCAUGUCGUGGUGCCAUCAACAUGCGGAUAGCAAAACUCUACAUGGACCCGCAAGACAAGCAGCGGUUUGAGAUUCAGGGCAAGUCGUCAGUCAAGUACCACCUCAAAGCAAACCAUCAAGUUGAGGCCAAGCGAUGGUUCUGGGCCCUGAACAACGCGAUCCAGUGGGCCAAGGAUGAAGCACGUGAAGAGGAGAAGCGAGCAACACAGGAUCACGAAGUUCUGAAGCAGGCCAAGAUCGAGCAGAUCAAAGGCGAAGGGGAUGCAUCAAGUCUCGGCAGUUCCAAGUUGGCGAGCUCGAAGAACCUCGCUACUGCAUCGUCACUGGGUGUCCCUCUGCCUGGUUUGGACACCACAUCGUCACGAACUGCAGUAAGUGUGACAGAAGACCCUCCAAGUGUCUAUGAGCCCAGUAUGUCUGGCCACGGACUGGACAGGAUGGUCAGCAACAUGGGUACAGCCACGGUUGCUGGUGACGAUGAAGAUGAGGACGACUACGGUGAUGAUACUAGCAGUCAUGAAAUGAAGCCGCAGAGCAAGGAUGCAUUCAACAUCACAGCGCAAUCAGCAAAGCUGCAGCUUGAACUGUUAACCUCCGUUUCCGCAGCACUGCAAACGGAGAAGAACCGCUCGCCCCACCUACAAAUCUCCGAUCCUUUGAUGCUACAGGCAUUAGCCUCAUACGAGUCAGCUAUCGGCAACCUCAAAGGUCUUAUCGGAGACCUACUCAGAAUAUCCAGAGACCGCGACGCGUACUGGCAAUAUAGGCUCGAUCGCGAGGCCAAUGUGCGCCGCAUGUGGGAAGAGAGCAUGGCCAAGGUUGCCAAGGAGCAGGAGGAACUUGAAAAUCGGAUAGGCGAAUCUGAAGAAAAGCGGCGGAAGCAGAAAAAAGCUCUACGGGAAGCAUUGGAGGACUACGACAAGCCUAUGCCCGGUUCUGAUGCUAAAGCGGACGAAGAUGACUUUGCCGACGCUGCGGAAGAUGGAGAACAGCAAAAGACGAUGACAUCUCACCUUGGACCUCCUGCGCAGGAUCCGAAAGUUAAAAGAAAGGCAACCUUUGCCGAUAUUGCAGCCGACAUAUCAGACUCGGAUUCAGAAGAUGAUGAGGAGUUCUUUGAUGCGGUAGGGGCUGGUGAGGUUGAAGUCGUGGAGAUGCCUGCGCCUGCUGUCGCUCAAGAGAAGCAAGCGGAUGCUGAAUCUUCUUCUGACGACUCACUAGAGAAGAAGCACAGCGAAAUCGCUACGGCGUGGGCAGGUUACGAAGAUGGGCCACGAAAGAAGCUGGCAUUGGACGCAGACGACAGACCGAAGGUCGGCCUCUGGGGCAUUCUCAAGUCUAUGAUUGGCAAGGACAUGACCAAGAUGCCGCUACCUGUAUCAUUCAACGAGCCAACCUCGCUGCUCCAACGUGUCGCUGAAGACAUGGAGUACACCGAUCUCCUCGACACUGCUGCUGAACGUUCUGAUUCUACAGAACGUUUGCUUUAUGUUGCUGCCUUUGCUGCAUCUGAGUAUGCCUCGACUAUCGGUCGUGUCGCGAAGCCGUUCAAUCCUCUUCUUGCUGAGACGUACGAGUAUGCUAGACCAGACAAGGGCUAUCGCUUCUUCAUUGAACAAGUCAGCCAUCAUCCACCUAUCGGUGCAGCAUAUGCUGAAUCGACCAAGUGGGAUUACUACGGUGAAUCCGCAGUGAAAUCGAAAUUCUACGGCAAAUCCUUUGAUAUCUUCCCGCUUGGUACAUGGUUCCUGCGCCUCCGUCCCACAUCGAUGGGAGGAAAGGAAGAACUUUACACCUGGAAAAAGGUCACCACGUCUGUCAUCGGUAUCAUAACGGGUAACCCCGCCGUCGACAACUACGGCCCCAUGGAAAUCACAAACUGGACCACAGGCGAGAAAUGCAUGCUCGAUUUCAAACCCCGUGGCUGGAAAGCAUCGUCUGCAUACCAGGUUGUAGGAAAGGUGCUCGACGCUGAAAACAGAGUCCGUUGGAGUAUCGGUGGGCGAUGGAAUGACAAGAUCUACGCUCGUUUCACGCCAGGGUUCGAGGACGCUGAUAUCGAAAAGAGUGGGAAGAGUGCUACCAAGAGCGGUGACAACAAGGCCUUCCUCGUCUGGCAAGCGCAUGAGCGGCCAGCCGGCAUACCCUUCAAUCUCACGCCCUUUGGUGUCACUCUCAACGACAUAUCUGACAAGCUUCGCCCCGUGAUCGCGCCGACCGAUACGCGCCUGCGGCCGGACCAGCGCGCCAUGGAAGACGGUGAGUACGACUUUGCUGCCACGGAGAAGAGCCGCGUCGAGGAGAAGCAACGCUCUACCAGGAGACAGAGGGAAGCUGAAGGCAAGGAGUUUUCGCCAAGGUGGUUCACAAAGGGUAGAUGUGAGGUUACGGGCGAAGAGUACUGGGUGUUCAACCACGAGUAUUGGAAGAUUAGACAUCGUGUUGCUCAGGGAGAAAUGUCCUGGGAGGAAGCCGGUCUGGAAGACAUUUUCUAG